AUGCUGUCCCGCACAACCGCCUGCCGGGGCGCGCAGCGAGCUGCCCGCCAGCUGUCGAGCACACAGAAGCGCGGACUCGCGGCUCCGGCGUCAGGAUCCUUCCAGUACCAGUCUGGCGAGGCCAAGGGCGUCAAGUUGGCCAGCCGUGACUUUGCAGGCCCAACGACGACGCUGGCGCUGGUCGCAAAGGCCGGCACGCGAUACCAGCCGUUGCCCGGCCUGACCGAGGGUCUCGCCAACUUUGCUUUCCGGGCCACCGAGCGGAGGUCGACUCUGCGCAUCGUCCGCGAGUCGGAGCUGCUGGGAGCUACCCUGACCGCCCACCACUCGCGCGAGAACCUCGUGCUCGAGGCCAAGUUCCUCCGCGACGACCUGCCCUACUUUGUCGAGCUGUUCGGCGAGGUCGCCAGCCAGACCAAGUACCAGCCCCACGUCUACAACGAGGAGGUGCUGCCCUUGAUCCACUUUGCCCACACCAAGUUCGCCGCCAGCCCCCUCGAUAUGGCGCUCAACUCGGCCCACAGCCUCGCCUUCCAUCGCGGCCUUGGCAACUCGACCGCCUCGGCCUCGCAGACGCCCUACACCAAGUACCUCGACGCCGAGACGAUUGAGCACUUUGCGCAGAGCGCAUACGCAAAGUCCAACAUUGCCCUUGUCGCCAACGGCGCUGACCACGGCGAGUUCUCCAAGUGGGUCGGCCAGUUCUUCGACGGCGUUCCGGCCACUCCCCUGCAGGAGCUCAGCCAGGGCCAGGAGCAGUCCAAGUACCACGGUGGUGAGGAGCGCCUUGCCCACGACGGCGGCAACGCCAUUGUCAUGGCUUUCCCCGGCUCCAGCUCCUUUACCGGCCAGUUCUACAAGCCCGAGAUGGCCGUGCUCGGCUCGCUCCUUGGUGGCCAGUCUGCCGUCAAGUGGUCGCCCGGUUUCACCAUUCUCGGCCAGGCCAAGGCUACCCCCACCACCCAGGUCAAGACCACCAGCGCCAUCUACUCCGACGCCGGCCUCCUCUACACGUCCAUCACCGGCUCCGCCCAGGCCGUCGCGCAGACUGCCAAGGCUGCCGUCGAGGCCAUCAAGAAGAUUGCAGCCGGCGAGAUCUCCAGCGAGCAGAUCUCCAAGGCAAAGGCUGCCGCCAAGUUCAAGGAGCUCGAGAACGGCCAGGACAUCCGCGCCGGUCUCCAGCUUUCUGGCAACGGCCUCGUGAACAACUCCAAGGCCUACCAGAUCGACGAGGUCGCCAAGGCCAUUGACGGUGUAUCAGAGGAGGCUGUCAAGUCGGCUGCCAAGACAUUACUCGAGAGCAAGGCGUCCGUCUCUGCAGUCGGUGACCUCUUCGUGCUGCCGUACGCUGAGGAGCUGGGCCUUAAGGUGUAA